AUAUAAGUGAAAUGGGGAUAAUGCAAAUUCCCACUCUCACCAGGAUGUCAGAAAAAUUCAGCACACCUGUGAAGAGAGGGUAGUAUCCACAUUUUACUGAUGGGGAACUGAGGCAAGGAUACAUUAAGAGUUCCUUGGGAAUGUAAAGAACAUUUAUAAAAAAAAAAAAAAGAGAAGAGGUGGAGAAAAGGAACAGUCAGAAGAUUUGAACACUGGAGCAGAGGAUUAAGGAUACCUCUGUAGAACAUCAACACUUAAAAAGAUGUGGUGACUAGAAGAACCUCUAUUGUUGCCCAUAGCGCAUAUAGUGCCUUAUAAAGAUGGGGUUUGGAAGUGACCUGAAGUAUUCUCAUGAUGCUUUGUUAAAAUUGCAAGAUUGGGAGUUACGACUACUGGAAACUGUGAAGAAAUUUAUGGCCAUGCGAGUAAAAAGUGACAAAGAAUAUGCAUCCACUUUACAGAAUCUUUGUAAUCAAGUUGAUAAAGAGAGUACUUCCCAACUGGAUUAUAUUAGCAAUGUAUCCAAGUCUUGGCUGCUUAUGGUACAGCAGACAGAGCAACUUAGCAGGAUAAUGAAGACACAUGCAGAAGAUCUUAACUCUGGGCCACUACAUAGACUUACAAUGAUGAUCAAAGACAAGCAACAAGUAAAGAAAAGUUACAUAGGUGUUCAUCAGCAAAUUGAGGCAGAGAUGUUCAAGGUCACAAAGACAGAACUGGAGAAAUUAAAAUCUAGUUACAGACAAUUAAUAAAAGAAGUUAACUCUGCCAAAGAGAAGUAUAAAGAAGCUGUGGCUAAAGGAAAGGAGACUGAAAAAGCCAAAGAUCGUUAUGAUAAAGCCACUAUGAAACUUCACAUGCUGCAUAAUCAGUAUGUGUUGGCACUGAAGGGAGCACAGUUACAUCAGCACCAGUACUAUGACACUACACUUCCUCUGUUACUUGAUUCGUUACAGAAGAUGCAAGAAGAAAUGGUUAAAGCACUAAAAGGAAUCCUUGAUGAAUUCAGUCAGAUCACCAGUCUUGUAACAGAAGAGAUAGUGAAUGUCCAUAAAGAGAUCCAGACUUCUGUUGAACAGAUAGACCCUAACUCAGAGUACAAUAGCUUCAUAGAAGCUCACAGGUCACCAGAGAAUGUAGAACAAGAAAUAGUGUUUGAUACAUCUUUACUGGAAGAAAAUGAAAAUCUUCAAGCUAAUGAGAUCAUGUGGAAUAAUUUAACAGCAGAAAGCUUGCAAGGAAUGUUGAAAACAGUAGUAGAAGAAUUGAUUCAGACACAGCAGACGCUUUUGAACAAAGAGGAGCUUUUGUUGGAACUAGAAAAGAAAAUAGAAGAAUCUUCUAAGACCUGUGAAAAAAAAUCAGACAUUGUGCUUUUGCUGAGCCAGAAGCAAGCACUAGAAGAACUCAAGCAAACAGUUCAGCAAUUAAGAUGCACUGAGGCAAAAUUUACAGCCCAGAAAGAACUUCUAGAACAAAAAGUUCAGGAGAAUGAUGGGAAAGAGCCACCUCCGGUAGUAAAUUAUGAAGAAGACGACAGAUCAGUCACUUCUAUGGAUAAGAAGGAUAAGGUGUCCAGAUUUGAUACUAUUCGUCACUCCAUAGCUGGAAUGAUAAGAUCUCCAAAAUCCAUGCUGGGCUCUUCAUCAUUCUUUGAUGUAAUAUCAACCAGCGAGAAACCAUUGGCUGAGCAAGAUUGGUAUCAUGGUGCAAUUCCAAGAAUAGAAGCCCAGGAGCUGUUAAAGCAGCAAGGAGACUUCCUGGUGCGAGAGAGCCACGGGAAACCUGGUGAAUAUGUCCUUUCUGUGUUUUCAGAUGGACAACGGAGACACUUUAUCAUACAAUAUGCUGAUAAUCAGUACCGAUUUGAAGGAACUGGGUUUCCAACUAUUCCUCAGCUUAUAGACCAUCAUUACACAACAAAACAAGUAAUUACUAAGAAAUCAGGUGUAGUUCUGCUGAAUCCUGUUGUUAAGGAUAAGAAAUGGGUUCUCAAUCAUGAAGAUGUCACACUGGGAGAAUUACUGGGCAAAGGUAAUUUUGGUGAAGUAUAUAAGGGAACAUUAAAGGAUAAAACUCCUGUUGCUGUAAAAACUUGUAAAGAAGACCUUCCUCAGGAACUGAAAAUAAAAUUUUUAUCAGAGGCCAGAAUACUCAAGCAAUAUGACCAUCCCAAUAUUGUCAAGCUAAUAGGAGUUUGCACUCAAAGGCAGCCUAUUUAUAUAGUUAUGGAACUUAUUCCAGGAGGCGAUUUCCUCUCCUUUUUAAGAAAGAAGAAGGAUGAGCUAAAAACCAAACAGUUAGUGAAAUUUUCAUUAGAUGCUGCUGCUGGUAUGGCAUAUCUCGAGUCUAAAAACUGUAUACACAGGGACCUUGCUGCAAGGAACUGCCUGGUAGGUGAAAAUAAUGUUCUGAAAAUCAGUGACUUUGGAAUGUCCCGUCAAGAGGAUGAUGGGGUAUAUUCAUCUUCAGGCUUAAAGCAGAUUCCUAUCAAAUGGACUGCUCCAGAGGCACUCAACUAUGGGAGAUACACUUCUGAAAGUGAUGUAUGGAGCUUUGGGAUCCUUCUUUGGGAGACCUUCAGUCUAGGCGUAUGUCCAUACCCUGGAAUGACCAACCAACAAGCACGGGAACAAGUGGAGAAAGGAUAUCGAAUGUCAGCACCUCAAAAGUGCCCAGAGGAAAUAUAUAAAAUAAUGCAGAGAUGCUGGGACUACAAACCAGAAAACCGACCAAAAUUCAGCGAGAUUCAGAAAGAACUAUCUUCAAUCAAAAAGAAAGUGACAUAGUGAUAAAGUAGUGCCAAACCCAACCUACAGAACUCUGUUUUUCAACAAAGUAAUAUUUUUCCCUCAAACACUGUGCGUUUAUACCACAUUAUCUGCAAUAUUCUUCUAGGGUUACUUUUUAAAAUUAACUCUUUUUUAUAUGUGUGUGUGCGUGCGCGCGCCAUCUUGGAAAAUGUCUAAGCAUACAUUAAAAAGAGACG